CGGGAGCGCGACGGCCGGGGCUCGGCGGCGGGCCGGGCUGGGCGCGCACCGGGAGAGGAGGAUGCGCCCCGCGGAUUUGCCAGUUCCCGUAUGCCAAUGGGAAUCGUGUUCUUGCUCCUUGACAGUGCUGUAGUAGAAGCUGAUGCUCUGAACAGUGAGCCUGGGGGACAAGAAAGUGUGGAUUGCCUCCUGCCUUGCCUCUUCUUCCAGCUGCCUGCGGUGAGCUCUCACGUGCCAGAGGACGAGGGUGGAGGAGAGCAGCCACGUGAAGCUGGGGCCGUGGGGGUGAGCCAAAGGGCUUUUGGCCGGUGGUCUGUGGCAACUGGGGGUCCUCAGCACCCUGCAGCAGAGACCACUGGCUCCUGCCAGGUAGAUGCCUUCAGGGGAGUGGACAACUCCAGCUGAACUGAUGAAUCUUGGCACGUGAUACAAGGCUCAGCUUCUGAUAUGAAGAAGGAUAUAGAGUCUUUAAUAGCCCAGGAAAAAGCAGAAAUCGUCGCCAAGUAUGAGAAGGGCAGACAGGAAGGAGCUCAGAUUGACCAGUGGGAAGAUGCCGAUUUCACCCUCUACAAAGUUACGGACCGGUUUGGAUUCCUGCACGAGCAGGAGCUGCCAACCCGCACCGCCUUGGAGGAGAAGCAAAAACAGCAGGAAAUAGAACGUGUGGACAAGUGGCUUAAGAUGCUGAAGAAGUGGGGCAAAUACAGAAACAGUGACAAGAUGUGCCGGCGUGUGUACAAAGGGAUCCCGCUUCAGGUGCGAGGCCAGGUCUGGUCACUUCUGCUGGAUGUUGAGAAGAUGAAGAAGGAGAAUGAAGGAAAAUAUGAGCAAAUGAAAGAGCAAGCCAAGAGUUUUUCAUCGGAAAUCAAGCAGAUAGAUUUGGAUGUUAACCGCACCUUCCGAAACCACAUCAUGUUCCGAGAGCGCUACGGAGUGAAGCAACAGGCACUCUUCCACGUCCUGUCAGCAUACUCAGUUUAUAACACUGAAGUGAGCUACUGCCAAGGGAUGAGCCAGAUUGCAGCCAUCCUCCUGAUGUACUUGAACGAAGAGGAUGCGUUCUGGGCGCUGGCGCAGCUGCUCACCAACCAGCGCCACGCCAUGCAUGGUUUUUUCAUUCCUGGGUUCCCGAAGCUGCAGAGGUUUCAAGCCCACCACGAGCAAAUUUUAAACAAACUGUUCCCCAAACUGAAGAAGCACAUGGACAAGGAGCAGAUGACCACUGGGAUUUACACAACCAAGUGGUUCCUGCAGUGUUUCAUUGACCGGACCCCAUUCACGCUGACCUUGCGGCUGUGGGAUAUCUACAUCCUGGAAGGGGAGCGGGUGCUGACAGCCAUGGCUUACACCAUCCUCAAACUGCACAAAAAGCGCUUGCUGAAGAUGACACUGGAAGAUUUACGUGAAUUUCUGCAGGAGAAAAUUGCUGCUUCCCUGCAGUACGAGGACGAUGCCGUCAUCGAGCAGCUGCAGGUGUCAAUGACUGAACUGCGCAAGAUGAAGUUUGACCUGCCCCCACCAGCAAAGCCUGAGGAGUUUCCAAGGAAACCCCUGGGCCUGGAACUCUCCCUCAACCCAGUAGCCAUAAAGGAAAACCCAGCAGCCAAUGGCCAGAAUGGCCAGGUGGGUGAGCACACUCCAGACAGGGAGCCCCAAACCCACAGAGCUCCUGGCACACCCGGAGGAAUGACAGCGGUGGAAGCGAGGAGUCUCACCUUCCAGGGUAGUGAAGCAGCUGAAGCAACGAAAGCGCCUGUUUCAGGUGGGCAGCCACCAGAUGAGGAGGGUCAGGUGGAGCCCAUCAUGGACGGGCAGCCAUCAUCUCUUCUGAAGGCAAGCGAGACACAGGCCCAGCAACACCUCCAGCCCACGGUCCUGCCUCCAGAGCAGCCUCUUCUUGCUCCUGGCUGUGCCGUGGUGGACCAUGGAGUCUCCCUCCAUGCCCCAGCUGAGCACAGCUCCUUAGACUCCUCUCUCCAAAACAGGCCGGCUCCUCCUGACUCCAGCACCACUGAGCUUUCCGCUAUGGACCAGGCAGCGUGGCAGCCAAAUCCCGCUGCCCUGCCAGCAGGAGAACAGGACCAGGCAGCAUGGCAGCCAAAUCCUGCUGCCCUGCCAGCAGGAGAACAGGCAUCUUCCCUGAGCAGAGACGCAGUGCUCAAAGCAGCCCCCCAUCCUCUGCCAGCCGGCUGCCAGCAGCUCUCCCGCAUGUCACAGAGCAAUGGCUCCCUGGAGAGCGAACGCGGGGAGGAGGCGGCGGAUGACAGGCACUGCAGGGCGGUGCUGCCGGACAAAAUGGGCCUGAAGCGCUCGGCAUCCAAAGCUGCAUCCACAGGAGAGCUCCUCAUCCUGCAGCACAAUGGGCUGGGCAGUGCCACCAGCACCACGCGCUGGCCUGAGGCUGUGCUGCCCACGCACAGGCAGGCAGGGGGCAGUGUGCCUGUCUUGUCCAGCAGAGAGCUGGAGGCAGCAGGGCUGGCCGAGGGCUGCCCCGCCCAGCGGGCACCGUCCCCUGUGGUGGAAGGGAACAGCCCCUAUGUCGUUAUCAAAACCACCACUCCCCUCCACCUGGCCCAUGCGACAGAGCAGGACUUCUUGAACAGAAAGCAGGUGGCAUUGCCUUUGUCAGAGACUGGACAUCCUCUGUCUACCGCCACCAUGCCACCAUCUCUUAUGCCGGACCCAGAGGAGGUGGAGGUCCAGAAAAGCCUCCAGAAACCAUUAAAUGCACUGAAAGCCCCACGACCCCCACUGAGCCCCAAACCAAAAUUACCGCCACAGGUUGCCAAAUCGCGCUCAGAGAACAGUUUCCUUUCAGGCUCUCCCUCCCUGGCAAAGCUGCCCAAAUCGGUGACGUUCUAGUGGGGAUGGGGAAGGGAAAGUUAAGGGAGAAGAAGUGGGUUCUGGAGAAGCACCCUUGCCCCAUUUACAGGAUCACCUUCUGUCAGCAGGGCUGUCAGGGUGACAGCACAGCACCAUUGCACGUCACGCUGUGCUUUGGUACGAGCACCCAGCGAGGAGACGAAGCGGUGGCCACCAGCGCUAGGAGACGCCAGCAGAUUGGAUUUGCAUGUUUCCUAUGGACAAAUUGGAAAAUGCUUUCAUUUUUUGUUCCUCAAAGCUCCCCAAGUCUCAUCACUUGGGGGAAGAGGCAGGGCUGGUGAGUUUGUUGCGUGUUUUCUCCUGCUCCUGUCUGCUGUGGGAACCCACGACCAAGCAAGCAGGCACAAGGUGUCAGAAUCCGAAAUGCUUUCUUUACAAUGCCCCAUUGGCGCAGCUACAGCAUUGCUUUCAAAGGCCUUUGUAGCAAUAGAUCUUUAUUUCAAUUUCCGGACCUGCAGUUGUAGGCAGCAGAAUUUCCAGGCAGUGCCGUGGCAUCCUGGCAGGACACAGGCAGCCCGCUGCCCCCUCUAUGCAAUUCCACAAAGCAGUGCGCAGCUGUAUCUAGCUCCUGCUGCCAUGGUGGAUGGUGUUUAGGAGGACAGAUUUAACAGCUGUUGAGUCCCUUGGACAUCUCCUUGGUGUCACCCCAGUGGGGGGCUGCCAGCAGAGUGGUUCUUUCCCAGGUUCUCAGAGUGACAAGGACAGUGAUAAAGGUGGAGCCUGGUCUCUUGGGCUGAGUGCCCUUUCUGCUGGCCUUUCCUUCCCAGGGCCAGCACAGCGAGCAGGCUCGCUGCCUUUCUGUUCCCCAGACAGGAGAAGGGGCUGCUGGCUCAGGAAACCUGCCUGCACUACCAAGCUGCUGGACGCGUGAUGGCAUCUAAUCACAGUGCCCCAGAUAAGUCCACUUUUGAGUAAGUUAAGUGUCAGAGUGGAAAGGGCAUAGGAGUUGGGGAAGGGGGAGCACAUUGCCCAGAACCUGAUCUUAGUCUUUCUGUUGAGCCUACAGAGAAUUAACAACAGGAAGGAAACUUGGACAUGAUGGGUACCCACAUGCCCGCUUGCCCUUCAUGCACCAAGGCCUAGAGGUCUGUCCAUCUCCUCCCCAUCCAAAGGUGCAGCUGCUGCACAGCCCAGGCCAUUGGCUGGAGAUGUGCAGGGAUCUGGGGAGACACCUCAUAGAAAGAGCUGGUCCAAAAUUCUGAUUCCAGCAUCUACUUCACCCUUAGAAGGGACUUCAUCAGGAAGGCAGAUCAGUGAAAAAGCAGGAAGUAGUCCAGAUAUGCUGGAGUUGACUUUGCUGUCCAGAAGGGGUAGCUGCAAGUGCCACCUUAGGUGGGACUGCAAGGGGGAUUCCCAUUCCUUCAACAGAGAUCCUGGACAAAAGCUCCUUUAAGUUCUAAGGAGACUUUGAAAACUAAUUUUUUUUUUUUUAUAUCUCAAAGGCUCCUUCAGUUGCAUAACCUGAUCUAAAGCCUACCUGAAAGCCCAGCAGAACACUUCCACUAAAUUACUUUGUGGGUUCCAGGAGCUGGACUUGAUGAUGCUGGUGGAUCCCUUCCAGCUCAGCAUAUUCUAUGGUUCUAUGAUUUAUCAGGGUUUAUUUUGCCUUGUGUACAUGUGGUGGUUUAUGUUUGCAGCAGGGAGUGUCAAAGGGAGCACUGGAUUUUUGUUCGGAUGUAGCCAGCCAGACCACAGCACCCUCAGCUUUCAUUGGAACCCCAGCUCUGUCUCAGACCCCAUCUUCUUCCACUGAGCCUCCAACCUUGCCCAUCCUCUCCCUCUGCAGAGCAGGGAAAACCCUAUUAGCUACCUCGCAGGGGUGUUGUGAGGAAUCAAGCAUUGCUGUUUGAGGAAAAGUGCUCUUUGAAUGUUCAGUAUUUGUGUUUUGAGACACCACAGGUCCUUUCUAGGACAAUGGUGCUUGAAUUGUUUUUAAUUUAGAGUAUGUUUUUCCAUAACUGUGCAUAGUUAAAUGUUAUUUGUGUGUUAAAAUACCUGAGCAGUAUUUCAGGACAGAUAUCCAUUGCCUUUUGCUAGCAGCCCGCUGGCCACAGGAACUUACUGGGAAGCAACAAGAAGCAUCUGAGAGCUGUUGGUCACGACUUGGCUUCUGUAGCUUGGGGCUCUGUCCUCUCCUUGAAGCCCACAAAGGACUCCUUCUAAUGCAUCUGGGCAUCACGCAUGCAAGAGCUGAGACCUCUUUCCCCUUGUUUUAACCCAUUUUCCCUCAUUUCAGGCACACAGCCUUUGCACAUCAUGUUGCUUGUGCACCCAGACUCCUCACACAGUGUGUCUGGGAUGUUUUGUAGUAUUAACAUUUAAAAAGGUGGUUUGCUCUAAUUUUGGAGAGCUGUCAAAUGCACAGUACUCAUUGCAUGGCAUUUGGUGCAUGAUGUUCAACAUGAAUUUUGAUGGCGAAAGGGUUGGGAGUUGUCUUUCUCUCCAAGCCCUAAUGGGAAUGAGCAGUAAGGUCCUCAGUCAUCUUCAGGCCUGGGGGAACCACCAGCAACAUGCAUUGCUGUCCUUGAUGUGAUGCUCUCACUGGAACAUAUCAAUGCAUGAGGAGAUGCCCACUCCUGUCUCCUCUGCCUCUUGCUGCAACAAAGCUGCAGCCAUGGUGGGUCUGCAGCAGCAGGGCCUGGCCCAGCCUCAGCUCCUUUGCUGGGAUUAGGAAGGGAAGGAGCAGGAUGAGGGUGGCAGCUCAGCAGGACAAAUUACCUAACCAAGCCACUUGCAGCCCUGCCCAGCCCCCUGCAACAGUCUCGACCCCUCAGCAAAAACCACUCUUACUGUGAGCAAACAUGGGAAAGGAGCUCCCCCAUCCUUGCCCUUGCAACCCUGACACAAUGGUGGCCUUGCUGCCUUCCAUGUAGAGGUAAAGACCAAUGCUGUGGGUUUGGGUUUUUUAGGUUUAGUUUGUUUUUCUUUGUGUUGUUUGUUUGUGAUAGAGCACUUUGAGUGGCUGCAGCACUGGCAGACAGCAGGAGCCACAGGACCCAGCUCCAGCAGGGGCCAGAGGUUGAGGUUAGGGUUUCUUGGCCAUGCACUUUGAGAGCCUGGCUACCGUCUGCUUUCCUUUUUAUUUGCUCUUCUUGUUUACAGCGUGGAACGCUUCUUUCAUGACUCUUUCUAAUGUAUUAUAAUUAUUACUUUUAAGAAAAAAACGUUUAUAUGUCUGCUUUUUUGUUUGUUCAGUUUGGUUUUUUUAAAG